GGCGGGAAUUGAACCUGGGUCUCUGGCGCUGUGAGGCAGCAGUGCUGCCCACUGUGCCACCAUGCCACCCAUAGAUGUUUCAUAGAUGUUUUGCUCUUCCUGGGAUCAGAAGAAAUCUUGCAUUUGUGAGAGAGCAACUGAGUGAGUGUGGACAUUUGGGAUUUUGGUGAAAAGUAGGAAUUCAUUGCACUGUGGGGUUCAAGCCCUCCCUAUCCAGUCAUUUCAGCUGGUGGAUGAGACUCAGCAGUUCAUGCAGGCAGUCAAUCCAGAGUAUUUGAAGAUCUGAAGAUGGAAGUCUCAAUGAACAGAUGAAGGCCUUAUGCCUGAAACGUUGACUCUCCUGCUUCUCAUGCUGCCUGACCCACUGUGCUUUUACAGCACAACACUUUUCGACACUGACUCUCCCGCGUCUGCAGUCCUUAUUUUCAUGUCAAUAUCGGACAGUCUCUCAAUUGAUCAGGACAGCCACGAUUUUUGACUAUAAUUCUGUGAGAAGUAGCAAACCUUUUUGGUUUCUAUUUCAGUACAUUUUCAUUAUCAGUGGGACUGGCUGAGAGACCUUACUGUUGCUGCGCACUGUGUGUGGAGCCUGAAACUGUUAUACAGCCUGGAAAGAGGAAUUCCCAGCAGUGGGGGGGCAGUACAUGCGUUUGAUUGUGGCUGAAGCUUCGGACAUGGAGAAACCGUGCAAGUGUGGUAACUGUGGGAAAGGCUUCCGUACUCCGUCUGACCUGGAGAUUCAUCGGCGCAUCCACACCGGGGAGAGGCCAUUCUCCUGUCCCAAGUGUGGGAAGGGCUUUACCCAGGUCUCUUCCCUGCUUAGGCACCAGCGGAUCCACACGGGGGAGAGGCCUUUCAGUUGCCCAGAGUGUGGGAAGGCCUUCAGCAGUUCCUCCACCUUGCUGACCCACCGGUGAAUCCAUACGGGAGAAGGGCCCUUCAGCUGUCCUGAGUGCGGGAAGGCCUUCAGCUAUUCCUCCCACCUGCUGAGGCACCAGCGGAUCCACACGGGGGAGAGGCCUUUCAGUUGCCCUGAGUGUGGGAAGGCCUUUACCAAUUCCUUCACCUUGUUGACCCACCGACGAGUCCAUACGGGAGAAAGGCCCUUCAGCUGUCCCGAGUGCGGGAAGGCCUUCAGCGAUUCCUGCCACCUGCUGAGGCACCGGCGGAUCCACACGGGGGAGACGCCCUACAGCUGCUCUGAGUGCGGGAAGGCCUUCAGCAAUUCCUCCCACGUGUUGAUGCACCAACGGGUCCACACGGCCGAAAGGCCCUUCAGCUGUCCUGAGUGUGAGAAGGCCUUCAGCUAUUCCUGUAACAAAAUUGGGUCACAAUAA